CGGUAAAGUCCGGGCGCGGUUUUUAUUAGGCGGGCGAGAAGCGUCACUGAAAAUCCCAUCUUGGUACCGGCAGCGGCGAGGUCGGCCGCAUGUCCCUCCACGUGUCCAUCAGUGGCUAUGGCCUCCUGCAGGACCCGCACAACCGGUUCCCCGACAUCUUCGUCUUUGUGCUCAAUGUGCAGCAGCCGCAGAGCGUGGCCUCGAUCUCGACCUGGACCGUGUACCGCCGGCUUGAGAUGUUUGAGCAGCUGAGCCAAAGCGUCCAGAGCGAGUUUCCGCAGCUGCGCCUGCCGCCAUGCCCGAUCAUGCACGCGGCGUCGGCCAUGAACCUCGGCAACCUCCAUGGCAUUGAGCGGUGUCGCGACGACCUGCAGCGCUGGCUCGCACACCUGCUCUCGUACCCGUACCAGAACUCGCUCUUGCAGUCGCACGCGUUUGUCAACUUUAUCUCGGCCGAGGCCAAUACGGUGCCGCAAGGCCUCCUUCUCUCGCAGCACUUCUUCCCAAACACCGCUGGUGGCCUCCCUGCCGCGCCCGCGCCCGCCGUCAGCGCCGACCACAACAUUGGCGAAAUGGACAUGGACUUCAUGUUUGCGGGCGGCGACGAUGCAACCAAGGACGACGAUCAAUUCCAGUUUGACCACAUGCCGCCGCCGUCGCCAGCGAACGGCCACGGCUCGCUCGACUCGUCGAACUUCGACAUGCAGCCCGCGGAGGGCAAGGUGGUGCUCGACGACUUCCACUUGAUCAAGGUCAUUGGGAAGGGCUCGUUCGGGAAGGUGCUCCUCGUGCGCAAGAAGGACAAUGGCGUCGUGUACGCGAUGAAGGUGCUCCGGAAGGAAAACAUCAUCAAGCGCAACCAAGUCGAGCACACGCGCACCGAGCGCCACGUGCUCGGCUACGUCCGCCACCCGUACAUCGUCGGCCUCAACUAUGCCUUCCAGACCAGCGAGAAGCUCUACUUUGUACUCGAUUACUGCGCUGGCGGCGAGCUCUUCUUUCACCUCGGCAAGGUGCAACGCUUCAAGGAACCGCGGGCGCAGUUUUACGCGGCUGAAAUCACGCUCGCGAUCGAAUAUGUGCACAACCUCGACAUCAUCUACCGCGACCUCAAGCCCGAGAACGUGCUCUUGGACGAGAACGGGCACAUUCGCCUGACGGACUUUGGUCUCUCGAAAGAAGGCAUUCAGGACGACUUCUCGGGCGCCAACUCGUUUUGCGGGACGCCCGAGUACCUCGCGCCCGAGAUCCUCAACCGCGCGGGCCAUGGCCGCGCUGUCGAUUGGUGGUCGCUCGGCGCACUGCUCUACGAGAUGCUCACGGGCCUCCCGCCGUUCUACUGCCGCGACCGCGACAAGCUCUUUGAAAAGAUCCGCCAAGGCGAGCUCACGUUCCCCAAGUACCUGAGUCCUGCGGCCGUCGACCUGCUCGCGCGAUUAUUGGAGCGUGACCCGACCAAGCGGCUCGGGACGGGCCCCACGGACGCCGGUAGUUUGUGUAUGGUUGGGUGAGCUUUGGACUAUCAAGUUGAUACUAGGCGAGAUCAAGUCACACCCGUUCUUCAAGGAGAUUCAGUGGGACCUCCUCGCGCUGGGCCAAGUGCCCGUGCCGUGGAAGCCGACGUUCAGUGGCGCGCUCGACACGUCGCAGUUUGACCGUGAGUUUACCGACAUGCCCAUCAACAGCCCCGACACGCGCAGCAAUUACGGCUCGUCGGUCGGGCGGCGCCAGCUCUUCCGGGACACAGAAGGGCUCUUCCAAGGCUUCACGUACACGGACGACGACUCGUACAUGGAGUUUGCAAAUCGCGGCCCGCUGCCGCCGAGCCACUUCUAGUCAAAGGAUACCACGGAAAAUAUACAUACCACCCUCUGAAACAGGCGUCAUUUGUAGUUAGCAUGAGUUUUGUUUUAGGGCUCAGCAAAGGGCGAUACUCUCCUGUGUUACGCAGCUCGUUUUGAUGUCACA